AUGUCUUGCGCUGAAGCUUGCUCCUUGCCCACAGGACCUCUUCCCGGCGGGCGCGUCCAACGCCGGCGGGGGCGGCGGCGGCGGCGGCGGAGUGGCGGUGGCCGUGCAGCCNNNNCCCCGCCGGCCUCCGCCCCGGCGCCUGUGCACGAGGGCGCGGGCGCGGGCGACGCCGCGGGCGACGCCCUGCUGCCGGCGCACCCGCACCUCAACCUGCUGCACCCGCCCGAGUCAGCGCUGGCGCCGCAAGUGCACCUCAUCGGCCCGCCCCCGCCGGCCCCGCAACUCUUCCAGCACCUGCAGCUGCAGGCGCAGCACCAGCUCCAGGAUCAACAGAAACUCCAGGCUGAACAACAGUUGCAAGCGCAGUACCACUUCCAUGCGCAACAACACAUUCACGCUCAGCAGCAAAUUCAAGCUCAGCAGCAAAUUCAAGCGCAGCAGCAAAUUCAAGCCCAGCAGCAAAUUCAGGCUCAGCAGCAAAUUCAAGCUCAACAGCAGAUUCAAGCUCAGCAGCAACUAGAAGCUCAACAGCAACUGGAGGCUCAGCAGCAUCUCCAGAACCAGCAGCAUCUGCAGAUGCAACAGCAAAUCCAGCAAGAGCAACUCAAGGCACAACACCAACAUCAACAGCAAAUUCAAGUACAGCAACAACAGCUUCAACAUCAACAAGAACUCCAACAACAGCAAGAGCAGCAACAGUUCCUGGAGGUGGCGCUGCACGCCUCGGGCCAUGAGCCUCAGGCGCAGGCGUCGCACCAGCUGGUGGUGGCGUCGAGCAGCCAGGGCGGGGGCCAGGGCGGGGGCCAGGGCGGGGAGCCCAACUUGCUCUCGUGCACGGCGUCCGGCCACUACCAGGUGCAGGACGUGCUGCCAGCUGCAUCCGAGGAGCAGGCGGUUGCUGGAUCUGUGCUGUACGAGGCGCUGGACCUUGGGCAGGUAAGCAGGAGCAGCAGCUGCAGCAGCACCACCUGGUGGCGGUGGGCACCCCGCGCGGCCGCGCUCUGCCCGCCGGCGCCGCCCCACCGCCGCCCCCGCCGGCCGCCCCCGCGUCCCCCUCUCGUGGCGCGCGCCAGCAGCGCCCCGCCUGCAGAGCCGCACCUUCCGCUGCCCCGCCCCGCCCACCCGGCCCCGCCCACGGCCCCGCCCACGGCCCCGCCUCACGGCCCCGCGGCAGGGGCGUACCUGCCGCGCUUCUUCCGGGCCCCGCGCCCCAACGCGCUCCCGCAGCCCUUCAAGACGGCGCGCGCCUACUACGGGUCUUACGGCCACCACGCGCACUGA